AUGACGCUCGAUCAGAAUGAAUAUCCAGUUGCAUUGGAAUUCUAUCUACAAAUAGACGUUGACUUAUUUUACAUGAAGACGUGUUCGUUUCGAGGUGUUCAACCACAUGCAUCAGACAAGUAUGUGUUCUGCGCACAGGAACCGCAAGCUCGACAUGCGCUUACCGCAUGCGGCAAUUGUGGUCUGUGUUAUCCUAAGUAUGCUGUCAAGAAACGACGUCACUUAUCGGUGAUAUUCGGACCAGCACG